GUACAUCCAGGGGAGUCUGUCUCCUCCUAUGCCUGUGAAGGUCUGAUAAGGGAACUCCUAUCAGACUCUGACCUAGCGCGGAAGCUCAGAGCUAAAUACAUCUUCAAAAUUGUGCCUAUGCUGAAUCCAGACGGUGUUGUCCUUGGGAACUAUCGCUCUAAUCUCAGUGGCCGAGAUCUCAAUCGUGUUUGGAAUCAGCCAUGCAAGUUCCUGCAUCCCACAAUAUACUUCACGAAAAAGGCUCUGAGCCGGUAUACACCGCUAGCACUAUUUGCCGACCUUCAUGGCCACUCCAGGAAGCUUAAUUGGUUCAUAUAUGGAUGCUUACCUCCUAGGAACCCCCGGAUGCGAGCAAACAUUCCGCCUUUCAUUCCACCCCCGAGCAUGAGAACUCGAGAUGCU